CUCUACUUUCCAAUCUUUCUCCCAUCUUCAUUUUGUACUAAAUAUCAUUCCAAAUACAAAAAAUGGGCAUCUCCAAAGCCUUUGUUGCUUCACUUCUUCUUUCUCUACUUCUCCUCCAACUUGUCCAAGCCUCUUAUCCUAUUGAACUUAAUGACGCUGACAAAAACACACCCGUCAAGAUAGAUUGCGGAGAGGCGUGUUCAAUUAGGUGCAAGCUAUCAAAGAGACCUAACCUAUGCAAGAGGGCGUGCGGAACAUGUUGUGGAAGGUGCAACUGUGUGCCUCCAGGCACUUCUGGCAACUACGAGUCUUGCGCUUGCUACGCUGAGAUGACCACUCGAGGCAACAAGAAGAAAUGCCCUUAAAACUUUUAUUUUAAGUUUCCACGAUUAUUAUUAAGAGCUUAAUUUGUUCCAUGUAUUUAAUUUGUUUAAUUCUGAACUUCUUUCAGAAUCAUCCACAUAAUAAGAGCUUAAAUUAUUUCAUGUU